AUGUGGAGAGCGUUGAAAUCCAAGAACAAGAUAACAUUUGUUGACGGCUCAAUCCAAAGACCACCAAAGGAUGAUAUGUUUUUUGAAGCGUGGGACCGUUGCAAUACACAAAUUGUUUCUUGGAUUAAUCAUUCUUUAAACCUUGAAAUUGCUCAAAGCGUAAUGUGGAUAAACUCAGCUGAGGAAUUGUGGGAAGAAUUAAGGUACAGAUACAAUAAUGGUGAUGUGUAUAGGAUAGCAGAAUUAGAAGAAGAAUUGUUUGCAACUAAGCAAGGAGAUGUGUCAGUGACUACAUACUACACUAUACUCAAGUCAAUUUGGGAGGAAUUGGAGAAUUUACGGCCAAUUUCGAGCUGCUCAAGGUAUCUUGAGAAGUGCAAUUGUGAACUAAGCAUAAUGAGAGGUUACAAAGAAGAAUCAGAAAUAGUGAGGUUCCUAAGAGGUCUUAAUGAUCAUUUUUCAACUGUAAGGUCUCAGAUUAUGUUAUCGAAGCCAUUACCCAAGGUGGAUGUAGCUUUUGUGUCUCUUUUACAACAAGAGAGACAGCUGAACAUGAACGAAGGAAUGGAGGAAAAGGCGCUGCUAGUCGAAAAUAAUGCAAAAGCUGGACGAGGAUCCAAACAAUGUAUAUACUGUUGCAAGAAUAGCCACUUGGCAGACACAUGCUAUAAAAGCAUGGCUUUUCCCCUCAUUUCAAGAACAAUGGAGCCAUGGUCAAUAAUAUGGUUGCUGAAGAGAACAAUGAUGAAGUAA